AUGGAUACCGACCACACGGAUGCGAGCGGCACUCCAGCGAUUAGAGGAGCUCCUCGCGAACCAGUCGGUAGCCGCCACAGCAGCAGCGAACGUAGCAGCGGGGAUGCAGCAGCGACGGUAGCAGCAGCAACGGCGACACCGACACUUCACCAAGCAGCAGCCACAGUGAAUCUUGAGGCGGCACGUCCGAGGAUACCGGAGGCGUUUAAUCCGAAUGCGAGAGACGCCGACGUCCGUCGAUUCAUUGCGACACUCGAAAUUUAUUUCGAGGCCGUUGGCUGUACGACCCCGACACAUGAUGCAAUGCGGAUUCGGCUCGCAGCAACACUGUUACGAGGCCCGGCGCUCGAGUGGAUUUACAACAGUAAGGAGAUCCGAGGCGAGGGGUCAUGGACGCAGUUUCGGGCAGCUUUAAUUCAACGUUUCGAACCGAUCAAUUCCAGCUACAUGGCGCGGCAGCAGAUUCAUCGGCACAAAAUACGGCAGUUCCACCAACAGGUGAUUGCCGCGAACUACAACAACUACCGCGACAUGGUGUGUGCAGCAGAGAGAUUCGAUGCGCUGACGCGAGGUCAACCCGAGACACGACGCCACGUGCCGAACAGAUCAUUCGACACGAAGCGAUCGGCACCACCCACGACCGCCGACCUGAUGGAUAUCGACAAGAUCGACGCGAAGCAGCGACUGACAAAAAAUGAGAAGUGCGACUUUUGUGGCGCAGCGGGACAUCGAUUCUUGGCGUGUUGGAAAAUGAAGAAGGCACGAGCACAGUUGCAGGGCAACAACAGUGCGGCACCCACGAAGUCAACAAUUGUGGCGACUUCGGAGAGGGCGAAAAAAGGAGGACAUGAUGGCGCGAAUUCAAAACGUCACGACCGGCCGGCACCAGGGGAAAUCGCCGAGACAAAUGGAGGCUCCGCGAAACAAGACUCUGCACCGACCGGGAAACUCCAGCCGAACACCCACGAAAAAAAGCCCCCAGAGAUUAUUCAGGUACUUGAGAAGUUGGGCAAACUACUCCGGAGAGUUAAUAUCCUCUCCCCGCAGCACAGUGUUAAGGCUCCCCAUUGCCCACAGGAGAAGCCUACACAGCUGCAACGGCUUAGGGGAAGGUUCCAGGCCAAGACGAAGCUGAAUCGGCCUCGGAUAAAUCCUUCCAACCCUUCUCAAUUGAAGACUGAUAUUCAGUCAGCAGCUUCGAGCGCAGGACCUAGGUAUCAUGUAUCCGACGUACCCUAUGAUCCUGUAAGCGAGACCAUCUACGGUUACUCGGAGCAGCAGCAGCCACUACUCCUCGAGGUGAUCUGCAACGGGCGACGCCUCCAGGCACUGGUGGACAGCGGUGCGUCCCACUCGGUGUGUGACCGCGGGACGUUGGAGAAAAUUGGAGAGAAGUCGGAAGAGACCCAGUUUUCAGUAACGAUGGUGGACGGUACGAAGCUUCCCAUCCACGGCGAAGCAUCAUUGCAGCUGCAUAUAGGUGCGUUACGAUGGAAGCCGACGUUGCCGAUCACGAACAUCAAGGGAUUAGAUUUCAUCUUGGGGCGAGAUUUUCUGAAGCAGUUCAACCCCGAGAUCGAUUGGGUCAAUCGGAAGGCGUGCAUCUGUAACAACGGGAAACGAGUGGAGCUACGAAGCUGGACGGAUACAGGGGAUGUUCCUGAAACGACACUGGCACGGUUCGAACGGACGGUGAACGAGAGUAACAUGGGUUACUUAGCACUGGUCAUGGCAGCAGCAGAGGAGGAGAAGCCGAGUUUGGAGCUACCUGCAGCAGUGAAUGAGGUCUUGGAGCAGUACAAGGACAUAAUGCCCGACGACCUACCUGCAGGCGUACCUUCCGCACGCACCCACGGUCACGAGAUCGCGGAAGAACCAAGUGCGAAACCCGUCUCACGUGCACCAUACCGACUGAGUCUGACCGAACUGUUAGACAUGAAGAAACAGAUCGAGUAUCUACUAGACAGACAACUGAUCCGCCCAUCCACCUCUCCCUACGGUGCACCAGUUCUCUUCACACCAAAACCAGACGGCAGUUUACGGAUGUGCAUCGACUACCGCGCACUGAACAAACAGACAGUUAAAAACAAAUACCCCAUACCGCGCAUCGACGACUUACUGGACCAACUGCGUGGUGCAACAGUUUUCUCGAAGCUGGACCUACGGUCGGGUUACUGGCAGAUCAAGAUGGCGGACAACUCGAUCCACAAAACGGCGUUCCGUACGAGAUACGGCUCCUACGAGUACUUAGUGAUGCCGUUCGGACUCUGCAACGCACCAGCGACGUUCCAGGCGAAGAUGAACCACAUCCUACGGCCCCUGCUGGACGAGUGCGUAGUAGUGUACCUGGACGAUAUCCUCAUCUACUCCAAGAACAUGAAGGAGCACGUGGAGCAUCUGCGGAAGGUGUUCGAGAUCCUGCGGAAAAAUAAGUUCUACGUGAAGCUGUCGAAGAGCGACUUCGCCUUUAAGAAGGUGCAGUUUCUCGAGCACAUGGUGAGUGCCGAGGGCGUACACGUGGACCCGCGGAAAAUCGAAGCCGUUAAAAAGUGGAAAGUUCCGGAGAACGUGAAGGAGUUGCAGCAGUUCCUCGGCUUUGCCAACUACUACAACAGGUUUGUGCCACAGUACGCUAAGAUAGCAGCGCCACUGACAGACCUACUGAAAAAGGACACGCCCUUCAAAUGGGAUACUCCUCAUCAGCAAGCCAUGGAACAGCUACAGACAGCACUGACCACAGCGCCAGUACUCAUCCUACCGAACCCCAAGAAAGACUACGUAGUUUAA